AUUAUUACAGUUGCUUCAGUUUUGUGGAUACGCACCGACACAAGCACGUAGCGAGGAGGGGCAGAGCGCUGAACCAUCAUGGCGUCCGAAGUCGUUCUAGCGCUGCCGCACAAGCUUCGUGUGAUGCGUAUGUACCGGACAGGCCUGAAGGAGCUCAUCAACUGGAGCGCAAACCGGCACGAGUGGUACCCGCGGGCUUAUGCCCUCCGCCAGGAAUUUGAGGACAGCAAGGCGCUGACUGACCGUGAGGAGAUUCGCAAGAAGCUGGAGCACGGCGAGGAGCUGCUGGCGCGCUUCCGCCACUGGGAGCCCCUCAUCAAGCCGGAGUUCGUUGGAGGCACGGCCUACUCGAUCAACCCGGCCCAGCCGAAGCUCAAAUUUAUUCCCAACUACGACGCUAUGGACGAGUACAAGAAGGGUGACCACCUCUAAGCGGGGCGUCGCUCGUAUGCGUCGUCUUGUCGCCAAGCGUCUGGGGCCCGCAGGAGCUGGACAUGGAGCAGGCGCGUGGCGCAGCAGGAGCUGGAGGGAUGCUGGCCGCGGCGCACGUGCAGUGGCGGCACUUCGCUGCUCGGUUGCUGAUGGCCAGGUGCAGGAAUGGCACUGGCGCAUGCCUUGGCAAGGAUAUGGCGUCGGCGUGGUGGCGUGGAGGAGAAAGGAGGAGGUUGCUUAGUGGUAGCCACCAAGAUAGGCGCGCCACGUGCGCCAAAGGGGGCGGGGUUAGGACCAUGCGUUGGGGUUUCACGUGCAGCGCAACGUGGCGGAGGUUAUGUAGCGGUUGGGCACUUGGUCCUGCCUCCUGCGUCGAGGUAGGGAAGCUGCCCUCCCUUCCGGCUUAUGACAUAGGUGUGUAGUUGUGCAAUAGCGCUCAGUUGUGCGAGGAUCGCACGACACGUGUGCGUAGGCAGGGGUUCGGGAUCUUGCGUUUAUACUGGACGAAUAGGCAGGAGCGGCCAUCGUAGGCGGCGAUAAGAGCGUUAAAACCGCUGGCACUGUGUGGUUAGAGUUACGCAUACGAGCCUGGCAUUGCUGUAACGGAUUUUAUGG